GAUAUUGCGAAAAUGGAACGGAGAGUGUGCGACGCGACAAAAUCGUAUAUAAUAUUUCUUUUUUUUUUCUUCGUCUUUCUUUUCUUCAUUUAAUACAAUGGUUGUUGUUGUUAUUCCCAAUUUAGAAAACUAGAAUCACAUUUUUGUUGCCAUAAGAUGAACAUAAAAUAUGAAACGAUAUAUCAUUAAUAUCAAUACAAAUAUAAUGUAUAAAUGAAUCUAAGUAACACGGUGAAAAAAAAAAUAGAAUUAUUCAUCCAACUUGCGCGAGUUAUAUUGGUUUAAUAAAAACGAUUAAAUGGGCAAAAAAAGACAAUACACACAGACACACACACACACACACACACACACAUAGAGAGAGCGAACAGACACACACCAAACAAUCGACCAACCACCGAUAAACGAAAACAAUUUCGAAAAAAAAAAUCAAAUGUUUUGGAAAUUUUGAAAUAAUUUUGCAUGUUGUUAAAUGGCCUGGAUUCCGGAAUUUAUAAAUCCGACAUAGUGAGAUUGAGAGUGGCGCGCGCGCUGACUGCCCGCCUGGCUGUGUGUUGUGAAUUGAUUUGAGAAAAUAAACGCUGCCUGAAUCCAUUUUAAUUUACGAUAAUUUAUAAUUUAAACAGAUUGGCACGACAAAAUUGUGAUGUAAUUGUGUUGAUUUAUUGAAUAUUUCGUGAGUGUGUGUUUUCGGUUGUUUUUUUUCCUUCUGCUCUCUUCAUCUUCUUCUAUUGCUCCUUUGCGGUGUGGUGCUGUAUGUGCUUGUGCUCUCUCACUUUGUGUGAUUUUGUGACCGGCGUUGCUGAGCUAUGAAUUUUAAGAAGCUCAUGACAUUUUACUGCUUGAUUAGAUUGGAUUUAAAUUGGUUUUGUCAAUUUUCCGUUUGUGAAGAAUUCAAUAAUUGGCAGUGAAUAGAGAGACAAAGAGCCGAAUUAUUUUCAAUGGACCACAAUCCAAUGGAGAGUGAUGAGAAUUCGGGGGAUCACAUCGACGAUGGAAAUCUGUUGGAACCAUUGAAUGAAGUGCUAUUUUUAGACCGUGAAAAAACAUAUACUGCCGUCACACCGAAAACUGCAUCAAAAUCCAAUCCAAGUACGACUACCACCACCACCACCAGCACAACCAGCAAAGAUUCAGACAGUUCACUACCCGACGCCCGGGCAAAAGUAUUGCAUUUACAGCGAGUACAGCGUGGUGGUGGCAGCAGUGGCAGCGAAACACCAUCGGCUAAAAGUUCUGGCACAAAGAAGCGCAACAGCAAAAGCCAUUCGGGUGACAAAGAACCAGAGAAAGAAGAAGAAACCGUUAGCUUGUCACUUGACUCAUUGAUACGGCGUGGUGUUAUGAAUGACAUGCAAAAGGCAGCAAAUUUCAAAAACAAUUUUAAAUUUGACACAGACAAUGACUCCGAUUCGUAUGAUGAAUCAAGCGGGGAACGUGAUGGCCCCGACGAAUCAAAAUUUGCUGUGACAAGCAACGGUAGCAUUACAAAUGGCAACGGCUUGGAUGAACAUGCACCGGCCAAGCGUAAGCGCGGACGACCGCCACUCACCGAAGAAGAGAAAUCCGAACGUGCCGCACAAAAAGAGGCAAUUCGAUUACAAAAUCGGUCGAUGCAUUCGCAAGUCGAUGAUUUCUCAAUGGCUAUGGGACACAGCAUAUUUCAUGCCAGUUCGCCAAAGAAACGCGGCCGCCCACCAAAGAAUCGCUAUCCACAUUUUCUAAAUUCAACAGCGCAAAGCGAUCAGGAGCCGCACAAUGAAUCAUCACAAUUGGAUGACAGUGCGAACGCAAGUGAAUUUCCCGUGAAGAAGAAGCGCGGUCGCAAGCCAAAAAGUUAUUAUUUGGAAAUGGCUGCACGUGCAAAUGAAUCGGGUGCUAGCAUCGGUGCACACAAUGGUAGCGAUGUGAGUAAUGUAAGUAUGGAACAAUUGUCAAUACCACCAAACGCGGAUGCAGCGUCAGUCGAGAUGAAGAAACGCGGCCGCAAACCAAAAUAUCUAGAAAACUAUUUUGUAAAAUUAGAGCAGCAAGAGCAAGAGCAAGAACAAGAGCAAGAACAAGAAGAUGAAGGUGAAUUACAGCAAGAACAAGCUCAGCUAGCACGACAUCAAUCGACGCUCCCCGGUGAAGUUGUAAAGAAAAAACGCGGCCGAAAACCGAAAUCCUUUCAUCUGCAGCAAAUGAUAGACAGAGCCAAUGAAAGUGCGCCCGCAAUUUUGGAACGCAGUUUUAAGGCUGAACGUUUAGAACAGGCUGAACAGUCGAUUGGUGCAAAUAAAACCAUUGAUUUUAGCAUUUAUGCAAACAAACGUGGCCGAAAACCGAAAGCUUAUUAUGAACAUUUAGCAUCGUUGAAACAAGAACGUGAUCCAGACAAUGCCAUCGAACAGGAUGUUGGCGUUUCCACAACAGCAAGUAGUAUUUUGUCGGGUGAACCGCCAGCAAAGAAGAAACGUGGACGCAAGCCAAAGAGUUAUUAUUGGAAUUUACAACUGCAACAAGCGGCCGAAAACAACCAAAGCACAUCAUUAACGCAAUCGAAUAUCACCGGCGACAGCUUGACUAGUCAAGGUCGACUGGGCACUGAAGCGCCGAGCCUCUUGCCAACAAAACGUUUACCAAAGUCACCGAUGCGACCGUUUGUACAACGAGCAUACGUACGAAGGAUCAUACCACAGCAAAAGAUUUUCCGACGACCGGGUCUCGAUGUGCCGAUUGUUGGACUGCCGUUCAAGAAGAAACGAGGCCGAAAGCCGAAAAACUAUCACCUGCAUCUUGAACAACAAUUGGCUCAAUCAGUCAAUAAUACUUUAGGUCCAGUUCAUCCACAAGAAUCAACGUCUUCAGAGAGACGACCACAGCCGCAGAGUCUACAAGCGUUGCAAGAACGAAACCGUGUACUGUUCGAGCUGUUUGAAACACGUGGCGAUGAAAUCCGCAUACUCAAGCAAAGAAUGUCAAACUUGGUAAAUGAUAAGGUUGAGCAAAGUGUUGACAUGAAUUCGAUGUCAUGGACCAACAUUGAACUGUGUAAAGCGUUCAGCCUGCAACGGUUAAACAUUCCAUUAUUUAAUUAUUUGCGGGAGAAAUUCUCCAUUCCGAUGCCUAGCACCGAUGAUGUGCGCAAAUUUGUGCGAAACAUUCAAUUGGAUCGCGGUUUGCAGACCACAAUGUUGAAAAUGCUUGAGUGUGAUGGUCAUAUUUAUCAAAACCAUGAAAAAUUGAUCAUACUUCAAAUCAGCUAUGUGAAAACGGCCGAAAUCUAUGAAUAUGAUGAGCAUUUAGAUCUCAUUCUGGGUCCACACAAAUAUUUAACCUUAAUCGUUGCCCGUGGACUGUACAAAGACUGGAGCCAAGUGGUGUAUUUUAAUUUUGACACACGUAUAGCCAAGCAACAGUUGAACAGUGUGAUUGAGGCGUUGCACAAAAUUGAAUUUCCGGUUGUAGCACUGGCCAGCAAUUUUGAGGAGGGCAAAACGGACAUCUUCUCCGAUUUAUCGAUUAAUUACGGCAAGGGAUUCUUCCAGCAUCCAAUCACGCAAGAGAAGAUACACUGUUUUUACUAUUUGGACGAUAUGCUUCAAGCGACAAAUGCACAUUUCUUUGGCGGCCAUUUGACCAUUGAUGACAACCAGCAAUCCAAGCAGCCGAUUAACAAACAAGCUGUGAUGCAAGCUAUCCACAAAAACUAUCGUCGAAUACCCAUUCCGCGUGAGCUAUUGGCAUGGGCCGAUAAUGAUAUCAACAAUGUCGAAGCGAUUCACACAUUUUUCUCCCAGUUUACCAUUAAUCUGAUGCGAAUCAGCAUGCCCGACGAUCGUGCCACGAAAAAUGUCACCGAAUUUAUUAGCAUUAUGAAAUCAUACGCUGAAUUGAUGAGCCGGCCGCAAUGCAUCGAUUCCGAAGUGGAUACCGUUAACUUUGAUCGAUAUAUGGAAUUUCAAAAUAAGAGGCUCGACAAAAUCCAUGCACGUCUAUUCAAAUUGGACUAUGGCAGUAAUCAAAGUGAUACGACACGCAAGAAAUUCCGUGAAGCAAUGAUGAUGUCAAUUGUCUCGUUGAAAAUGCUACGCAAAUCGAUAAUGACCAAGUAUAAGAAUUCAACAUUCUCAACUGAAGCCAUUACCAAUGAAAUAACACGCACCAAAAUGAAUGCACUCAUCAAUAAAUACAAUUUCAAGCGGGUGAUGCCACCAACACAGCUGUUCCGGAUUAUCAAGGACAUUUUCUUGGGUGAAAAUUGCUCCGUCAAAGCUGAAUCGAAUGUAACAUUCUUUUUCAAUGGUGCCGUCACCGCUGCCGAGGUCAACGGUCGCAAUGAAUCAUUCUAUGUGGCCGCACUCAUUCACUGGAUAUGCGAUACGUAUGCCAAAAAAUACCCGGAAUCGAAUGACAUCAAAGAUCUGAAGCGAAAACUGAAAAAAGUUGAAGAAACUUUUUGCUCCAUACAGAAUCCGAAUUUUCGCGUUUGCGAAAAUGCUGUGAACAAAAUAACAAAAGAUUUAAUCGAUUCGAAUGCAUUUGAACCGUCAUUGAACGAAUUUAUUCGAUUGUAUAUUAUUCAACGUCAUUUGCUUCGCAUUAAAUAUUUCAAUGAAAAUCAUAUAACACGCAUCGCAAUGCCGGUUCAGAUGACCAUCAAUCUCGAAGAAUAAGUCCAAAUACACACACACACACACACACAUACAUCAA